AUCGGAAUGUUUGGAGAUGCCGUGGAUAUUGAUUAAUUCCGAGCCUGCUGCAGUCUAUCUUUCUCUUCCUUCUCUCGCAGAUCUCUUCAUCAGCCGGUGUUGGACCUGCAGGCUGCCAGCAGGAGGGGUACAGGGAGGGGUGAUAGAUAAAUAAAUAACCCAAUAAAGGAUGCAUUGAGAGGGUGUGUGUGUAGCCAAGAGGAGAGGGUGCCUGCUCAAACAGUCCAGAGUCUUGUUGAAGGCUGGCUGCACUGCAGAGCAGGGGGAAAAGCACAGAGAAGGGACCUUGAAGUUAUUUCGGCUGCACUGCAGAACGAUGUCACUGCAGUACAGGACUGACACAGAGGCAUGAGGUCCACCGGCGGACCCCCGUCCUCCUCGCGCCAGGUGAGAACUUAAUUCAGAGCUGAUAUCGGAGGUCUUCAUGCCUCGGGACUCUCUGGGAGGAGAGGGAGGGAAGAGACACAAAAAGAAGGGGAGGGAAGCAGAGGAGGAGGAGGGUGAUGGUGCUGUAUUUUUGGAUAAGGGAUCUCCUGAAUUAAGUGUGGCUGGAAUAAAGAUGUAGUGUGAGCUGGAGGCUGAACAAGGACAGUGCUGUGCUCCACUGUGGUGGAGAGGAGCGGAGCAGACGCCUGGCAGACACACACUCGCACACACUGACUCCACCAGAGAAGAGAGAGAGAGACCACCGUCACAGCUGCGGGGCUGGGAAGCCAUUCAUCUCACUUCCUCUCACCUGCUGCCCUCCCUCUUCAGUCCUGGUGAUUCCCAGCCCCCCUUCAUUCCUCUCCCACAUCCUCCCUUUGUCAAUGUCCUGUCUUGCAUCCAAAGUCCUCAUUCUAUCUGGUCCACACCUGAGAAUACACUGGGAAAGAGGCUUUAGCUGGACACCCCCCUACCAACCCGCAAUGCACCUGUGACUACAUACAGCACUUUUGGAUCCUGUCUACUUCUGUUUCAUCUGAGACCACCUGCUUCUGUCUAGUCUGAGAAUGCAUGAUUACCCAUGAUCAUCCCUACCAUCAAUCACAAGAGAAACAGACCUGAGAACAACGUCCUCUGUUAAUCACUGGGAAGCUUAUGGAAUAGAAUUAUUAAAAGCAAACUAAGGAUCUGAGAUUAUUGAGCUCUCAUGGAUUGAUCUCCACCCGGGCUGUGAAUAUCUCAUCAUGACAACAAUGCCCUCUCGAUUUGGCACUGCGGUGCGGAUCUUCAUCACCACCCUAUUCGCAGCAGUGGUGCUUUUUGCUAUCCUACUGGCCUAUGUGACCGGUUACCAGUUCAUCCACACCGAGCAGCACCACCUGUCCUUUGGCUUGUACGGUGCCUUUCUAUCCCUCCACCUCCUCCUGCAGAGCCUCUUUGCCUUUCUGGAGCACCGUCAAAUGCGUGGCCCUUCCAGACCUCAGCACCUGCGUCGCACCGUGGCUCUCUGCAUCGCAGCCUAUCAGGAAGAUCCGGACUACCUUCGCAAGUGUCUGCGGAGCAUUCGCCACAUUUCUUUUCCCGGGCUUAAAGUGGUGCUGGUGGUAGACGGAAAUCGGCAGGAGGAUUCUUACAUGAUGGACAUCUUCCAGGAGGUGAUGGGGGGAGUGGAGCAGACAGGCUGUGUGGUGUGGAAGGGGAAUUACCAUUGCGACGGGGAUGGGGGAGGAGGGAAAGGCUCGUUGCAUGCCGAGGAGGCUGCACGCGUGGCCAGGGUGGUGCGGAGCUGCCGUUACUCCUGCAUCAUGCAGGAGUGGGGCGGAAAGAGAGAGGUGAUGUAUACAGCCUUCAAAGCACUGGGAGAUACUGUGGAUUACAUACAAGUAUGUGAUUCGGACACUGUACUUGAUCCAGCAUGCACCAUUGAGAUGCUGAAGGUUCUAGAGGAGGAUCCGGAAGUGGGUGGGGUGGGAGGAGAUGUUCAGAUUCUGAACAAGUACGACUCCUGGAUCUCCUUCCUGAGCAGUGUCCGGUAUUGGAUGGCGUUCAACAUAGAGCGGGCUUGCCAGUCCUACUUUGGAUGUGUGCAGUGCAUCAGUGGACCUCUGGGAAUGUACCGCAACUCUCUUCUCCAACAGUUCCUGGAGCCCUGGUACCACCAGACCUUCCUAGGAAGCAAGUGCAGCUUCGGUGAUGAUCGGCACCUCACCAACCGCGUCCUCAGCUUCGGCUACAAAACCAAGUUCACGGCACGCUCGCAAUGCCAAACCGAGACACCGACGCAAUACCUGCGCUGGCUCAACCAGCAGACCCGCUGGAGCAAGUCUUACUUUCGAGAGUGGCUCUACAAUGCGCUUUGGUUCCACAAGCACAGCCUCUGGAUGACCUAUGAAUCUGUGGUCACUGGGUUCUUCCCCUUCUUUCUGGUGGCUACAGUCAUCCAUCUGUUCUACCGAGGUCGGUUGUGGAACAUCUUGCUCUUCUUGCUGACAGUCCAACUGGUGGGAAUGGUGAAGGCCACCUAUGCCUGCUUCCUGCGGGGAAGCCUUGUCAUGAUCUUCAUGUCACUGUACUCUCUACUCUACAUGUCAAGCUUGCUGCCUGCCAAGAUCUUUGCCCUGUUGACUAUUAACAAAGCAGGUUGGGGCACAUCAGGCAGGAAAAAGAUAGUGGUGAACCUUAUUGGAGCUGUGCCCGUGACCGUGUGGGUGGCCAUACUGCUCGGUGGUGUGGUUUACACCAUUUACUGCGAGGUGCAAGAGCCCUUCACUGAGACUGAGAAGGCUCUUCUUAUCGCGGGCACCAUCCUUUAUGCCUGUUACUGGCUCAUACUUUUGGUGCUCUAUUUGGCCAUAGUGGCCAAGCGCUGUAACAAAAGAGAGGAACAGUACCACCUAUCCUAUGCUGAAGCCUAGCAUAGUCUCUACAUGCUGUCAGGGCUCAUUUAAAAUGGCCUAGAGUCUUUACCUGGUGCUGCAAUCCUGGUUAUAAUUAUGGAUCAUGUGUAAGUCCAAGACUGUCGGUUGUUAGUUAUUUGAACUAUGUUGGCUACAUUGUUAGCUAUGGCUACAUGAGAGCUUUUGGACACAAUCAAGAGCUUUUGAGAAAGCCAUGAUUUACAUGAGUUAAAAUCAGGAAUGAUGCUUUUCGUGAUUAUAAAGCACACAUUGAGGAGGCGUCAGCCAAGGUGGGCACAAAAAGUAGAGCCAAAGGUUAGUGUAAGAGUGAUAAGUUAAUGUAGUUAAGCUGACAUGGUCAUAUUAAGUUAAAGUGUUAUAUUGGUGCUUGAACAUUUAGUUAUACAGAGUGUGUACUGUCAAGGUUAGACAGGUGUGUGCUAACACUUAAAGAAACCUGCAUAAGACACUAACUUGGUCUUACUCGCCAAACCCAGUCAGUAUUUUAAUGUCUUUAAUGUGACAAUCCAGCAUAAUUCUAUAUUUCAUCAUUCAAUUUUGUGGUGCUUCUGAUACUUUUGUGGUGUAACAUGAUAGAACAUUGAAGGAAAAGCAAACAGCAUUUAAAUGAGAGUUUUAUGAUACUCCACAAAGAUUUACUACACUGUAGGCUACAUGUUUACAGUUCAAGAUUUUUCCAGUUUCAGUCAAUAAAUAGUGUCAGGCAACCAAAGAGGAUUUUCUCUAGCAUCUAGAAUGUUCUGUUCCAGCAUGUUUGGGUAGAAAAAUGAGCCAAGUUUUACCUGGAUUUUUACCGUAUUCUUCUUUUUACCUACUUGGCAAACUUGGUAGAAGUAUAUAAUAAAAAAUAUCUUAUUUUAUUUUUAUUAUAGAUUGAACAGGAGUUAUAACUAACAUAAUACAAUUGUUCCCCGAAUCCUGAAAAUAUUGACUUAAGAACGUUUGGUGUAACUUCAAAGCAUAAAAAGAGUGUUAUAUGAAAAUGAAUAUCCAGUUUUGCUGCCUGAACCUUUUUUUUUAAUGGUCAUUUAAAAAAGAAGAUUAUUUAUGAAAAGUACAUAGGGGUGAAUUCAGGUUGAUUGGGACACUUUUUCCAAGUCAUCUCAAUGGCAAAGGGGUGAAUUCAGGGUGAUUGGGACACUUUUUGCCAUUGAGAUGACUUGGAAAAAGUGUCCCAAUCACCCUGAAUUCACCCCUAAGUAUCAGAAUCUGGCCACCCUGACAAGACUCUUUCCUUUAACUUACAAACUUAUGAUUCCUAAUAAUUGAAAUAAAAUGGUCGGUUAGCAAGAGAAAUAAAUAUAAAUCACAUGAACUGAACUUUUUUUUUAAUUUUUUAUUUUUUUAUGGCAUGCAUAAUUAGUUGGUUUUAAAGAUUACCUUAUAUGGAGCCAAGGUAUACAGUGGAUUUUCAUUCCAGCUUUUUUCCCACCCUCAGCCCUCCUAAUGCAACAAUUAACAGAUUUACUUCGGUAACAGUUCUCCAUGAAUGCUAACGCUAACUUUUUCUGCUCCCCACCCCCCAAAACAGACAUUAAACUCUGGCAGAGGUAUAAACACUGAGGCUAGUGUUAGAGAGGAGCUUUAAGUUUAUGAAACAUUUGCGCACUUGACUUUUACUUGUACAUUACAUGUGUGAUAACUGUGUCUUAACAGUGAACUGCUGUGGACUGCAGCAUCCUUUUAAGGCUGCAACAUUACGAUGAUAACUUUGAUAACACAAUGCAAUUAUGAAACCUGAAUUAUCAUUUGUUUACAGUCAAACUUGCAAUCUCAUUGUUCACAUUUUUGUAUUUUAAGAUUUUAUGCAAUUCAUUUGUAGACUGGGUGCCAAAUUUUUGGUCUUUAAUAUGCUCCUCAGGAACAGAAAUCCCUGAUUGCGGGGCUUAAAAAUGAAUAAUAAAUACACAAAUUGGGUUCGAG